AUGAUAGCUCAUCAUAGAAACUUGGUCUCUCUCAUUGGGUAUUGUGAUGAAGGUGAAUACAAGGCACUUAUUUAUGAGUGCAUGGCUAAUGAAAACCUACAACAGCAUUUAUCAGUUACUAAUAUGAAUGUCUUGACUUGGAAUCAGAGGCUUCAUAUUGCAGUGGAUGCAGCACAUGGGUUGGAGUACCUACAUAAUGGUUGCAAGCCAACAAUAAUCCAUAGAGAUUUAAAGACCUCCAACAUCUUAUUAAAUGAAAAGAUGCAAGCAAAGAUUGCUGAUUUUGGGUUGUCUAGGGCUUUUGCAACUGAAGAUGACAAUCAUGUGUCAAGUCGUCCUGCUGGUACACUUGGAUAUCUUAAUCCUGAAUUUCAAAAAUCUGGAAACUUUAACAAGAAAACUGAUAUUUAUAGCUACGGUGUUGUUCUAUUUGAGCUAAUCACUGGCCGCCCGGCAAUAAUAAGAGGAACUGAAGAAAACACACACAUAGUUGACUGGGUUCAUCCUAUAAUUGAAAGUGGAGAUAUUCGGAACAUUAUUGAUCCAAGGUUACAUGGACAAUUUGAUAUCAAUUCUGCCUGGAAAGCUGUGGAGAUAGCCAUGUCAUGCAUAGCACCAAGGACAAUCCAAAGGUCGGAUAUGAGUGAAGUAUGUGCAGAGUUAAAGGAAUGUUUGGCUCUAGAGAUGGCUCAUGGAAGAAGCCAAAGGAUGGUGACUGGGGGCAAUAAGACAAUUUCAAACAAUCAACUCAUAACGACCUCUUUAGAGCUUGAAUCAGAUAUUGCUGCCCUUGCUAGGUAGUUGUUAAAGAAUUUUCUGUUUGUUUGUGGUAAAUACUUCCUUUUAUGCAUUAUGUUCUAUCUUCUAUGUCAAAUAUGCAGUAUU